AUGUCCGUAAAGUUCGAAAAAGAGCAGGUCCGAGCGACGGCGCCUUUCGUGCCAGGAGGCCGCGAUGAGACCACGGCGCAUAAAAUCGGGGAAGCCCUCACGGGCGGGAAGCAACAAACAGGUUAUCUUGCUGCAUAUCUCAAGCAGCUGCAAUCGAAUCCGCUGCGCACAAAGAUGUUGACCUCGGGCACAUUGUCGGCAUUGCAAGAACUUUUGGCGUCGUGGCUCGCCCACGACCGCAGCAAACAUGGCCAUUACUUCAGCUCACGAAUCCCCAAGAUGGCCAUUUACGGCGCCUUUAUCAGCGCUCCCAUGGGCCACGUUUUGAUCGGAUUUCUUCAAUGGAUCUUUGCCGGUCGCACCAGCUUGAAGGCAAAGAUCCUCCAGAUUCUGACCAGCAACCUGGUGAUCGCUCCAAUCCAGAACACCGUCUAUCUGGCCUCGAUGGCCGUCAUCGCCGGCGCACGUACCUGGCACCAGAUCCGUGCCACCGUCCGUGCUGGGUUCUGGCCAGUCAUGAAAGUCAGCUGGAUUACUUCUCCUAUUGCUCUGGCUUUUGCCCAGAAGUUUUUGCCCGAGCAGACAUGGGUGCCCUUCUUCAACAUCGUCGCCUUUUGCAUCGGCACCUAUAUCAACACCCAUACCAAGAAGAAGAGGCUCGCAGCGCUGAGAAAGAAGCACUAUGGCGAUGGAAGGAGCUCAAGUGGCCGCCCUGAUGACCGAUUCUGA